GCUUGAAGGCACCACUCCUCUUCGGGACAACUCUAGCAGUUUCCUGUAGUGUCCUCUCUGCAUUCAUCUUAUCUCUGCAUCCAUCCACCAUGUCGGUUACUAUUCACUCGACAACCACCAAAGUUCCCAGAACUAUGACCUCAAAGUCCAUUAUCACCAAGACUCGGGGUAGUUCUGUAUUCUCUCCACAGAAAGCCUACAGUGUCUAUGGAGGUAAUCUGGGAGGAACCACUCGCAUCUCUUCUUACAGAGUUGGUGGUGGUGGAGGAUAUGGUGGAGGAUACGGUUUUGGUGGAGGAUACGGAGGAGGAUACGGUGGAGGAUAUGGUGGAGGAUUCAGCACUGGAAUCUUGGUUGGAGGCGACAGUGACCUGGUCCAGCUGAAUGAGAAGGCCACCAUGCAGAACCUGAAUGACCGUCUGGCGUCCUACCUGGAGAAGGUGCGCUCGCUGGAGGCUGCCAAUGCCACUUUGGAGAGGCAGAUCCGCGAGUACUAUGAGAAGAAGGGGCCGAUUGCACAGAGGGACUACAGCCACUACUGGAACACCAUCAAGGACCUGAAAGACAAGAUUAAAAACACUACCAUCAACAACGCCAACAUCCUCCUGCAGAUCGACAAUGCUAAACUGGCUGCCGAUGACUUCAGGAUAAAAUACGAGCACGAAUUGGUAAUGCGGCAGACUGUGGAGGCCGACAUCGCUAACCUGCGCCGCUUGCUGGACCAGAUGACCCUGACAAAGGCCGACCUGGAGAUGCAGAUCGAGAAUCUGCAGGAUGAGCUGGCGUUUAUGAAGAAGAACCAUCAGGAGGAGCUGGCUGCACUGAGGUCACAGCUGACAGGCACAGUAAAUGUAGAGGUUGAUGCUGCUCCUCAGCAAGACCUGAACAAGGUUCUGGAGGAGAUUCGUUCUCAUUACGAGAACAUCAUACAGAAACACCGCAGGGAACAGGAAGACUGGUUUAAAAACAAGACGGCAGGUUUGAACAAAGAAGUGUCCAUCAGCACAGAGACCAUACAAACAACCAAGACACAGAUCACAGAUCUACGACGCACCUUGCAGGGUCUGGAGAUCGAGCUACAGUCUCAACUCAGCAUGAAAGCAGCACUGGAGAACUCACUGGCAGACACAGAGGCUAGGUACAGUGCUAUGCUAGCAGGCUACCAGAACCAAAUCAACAUGCUGGAGGCCGAGCUUUGUGAAGUGCGGGCAAGCAUUGAGCAACAGGGACGUGAUUACGCCUUGCUGCUGGACAUCAAGAGCCGCCUGGAGCAGGAGAUCGCCACCUACAGGAGCCUCCUGGAAAAUCAGGACAUCAAGACUCAGAUACCAGGUGGACCUAUCACCAUCAGCACAGGUGGAACAACAACAACAACAACAACAAUCCAGAAGACACAGCAUACCUUCUAAAUGCUAAAUGCACAUCACAAUGCUUUAUGAGACAAUAUCUGGACACACACAUACAUUUGGUUUUGAAUGCAUACUGAGAACAAGCGUUACUGAGAAAAAAAACAGAUGAUGCUCUUAUUUGUGUGUGAUAAAACUCUAAAAAAUAAAGCUACUGUUGUGAAUUA